AUGGCUCCAGUCAAAGCAGUUUUACCCCUUGCCCUCGCUGGCUUCGCGGCCGCGAGGCAAUGUUCGACCUUCAUGAUUGAGACGUCGAUUAGCUCGAGGCAAGGACAGUUCAAGGAAGUGCCCGUCGAAGGCAACCUCGAUGUUGGCGCAUUCGUUGCUCGAUUUAAUCAAUUCGGCAAGAAUUACACAGCAGAGCUUCUUGAGGGUUACCAAACGUUGGAGGGUACCUACAACAUCUCCGCACAGUACUGUAAGCCAGACAGUGGCAACGGCAAAACCAUCCAGCUCUUGAGCCACGGUAUUGGUUUCGACAAGACAUACUGGGACCUCGAGUACGACAACUACAACUACAGCUAUGUCGAUGUGGCCCUGGCUGCUGGCUACAGUACGCUCGCGAUCGACCGUCUAGGUAUCGGUCUAUCUUCUCAUGGAGACCCAUUCAACGAGAUCCAAGCUCAAGCUGAAGUUGAAGCUCUCAACUCUGUCACUACGCAACUGCGCAAGGGCGAGAUCCCAGAGAUUAGCUGCGCAUACGACAAGGUCAUCCACGUUGGUCACUCCUUCGGUAGUGUCCAGUCCUACUGGCUCUCCGCUCUCUACCCUGAGAACACGGACGGUGUUAUCCUUACUGGUUUCUCUGUAGCCGGACAAUUCCUGGCCUACAUCACUGCCGGAUGGAACCUGCACAGCGCUCGCCUUAACCAGCCUCUGCGCUUCGGAAAUUCCUCGAACACCGUCGUCCGCGCUAUCGCCGACCAGUAUGAUGUGAGCGAGAACGUCGUCAGUGGUCUUCAGAAGAUCCUCGCAGCUGCUGGUGUGGACCUGACCUCUGAUGAGGUAUGGAACGAGGUCGCCACCACCGAAGUCCUCGACCUGAUCAACGGUUACAACAAGACAGUUGACACCCUCAACUACCCCUCUGGAUACUUGGCACACUCCGACCUCACUGCCUUGCAGUACGCUUUCCUCCAGCCUGGCAACUACGACGUUGGCCUAGCUCUCGUAGCCGAGAAGACCAAGCAGCCCGUCACCACCGGUGAGCUCUUGACCAUCGGUGGCUCGCCCAGUUCAUCUCCCUUUACUGGCCCCGUCCUUGUCAUCACCGGUGAAAACGACGUACCAUUCUGUGGAGGAAACUGCUACGGUCAAGUCAUGGGUACAAACACCUCCAACAUCCCCGAGGGUGUCGCCAUGGCUUACCCAUCAGCCUCUGCUUUCGAGGCGUACAUUCAGCCUAACACUGGUCACGGCUUGAACUUCCAUUACAACGCCACCGCUGGUUACCAAGUCAUGCAGGACUUCUUGGCAAGCAAUGGUCUUGCUGCGCAGUAA